AUGAGUUUUAUACGGCCGGACAAUAAAGUUAUUGCUGACGCUCUUGGCGAUAUUAAUACGUUGCCAAGAGAUAUGCAAAUGGCUGUAAAACACAAAGUGGAUGAAAGUUUUCAACCGGUACCGGCUCCUUGUUCUGGAGAUUGGCUGAGAGAGCAUCAAGAAAAAGGGCAAACAAUGAAAUCAUUUGAACGUACUACGUCAAAAGCGACUCCUCAUGCAACCUUUAAAACAAUUUAUAUUCAGCCAGUUGGUAGUUUUAAUCAGCCAAGAGCUGCACCACUUGAUGUUAUAACUGAAUUUAGUCGUGUAUUUUUUGCUGGAUGCGAAGUUGAAGUACUACCAACUAUUGAUUUUACGAAUAGUAUGUCACAUCGAGACAACUGGGGAGUCGUACAAUACCGAACGGAUGGUUUUUACAAUUUAUUGGCUCAAACACGUGAUAAACGUGAUAGAAGACGAGAACUUCUCUGUGUUGCUGUUACAAUGACUGAUAUUUAUCCAGAUGAAAAAUGGAAUUUCGUCUAUGGACAAGCAAGCCCACUCGAUGGUUUUGGUGUUUAUUCAUUUGCACGUCUUGAUCCAUUAUUUUUUAAAUCCUCAAAUAAAUUAAACAAUACUCCAUUGACUGAUGAACACCGUAUAAUCAUACUUCGGCGUUGUGUUAAAAUCUUGUUACAUGAAGUAGGCCAUCUAUUCGGGUUAAAGCAUUGUAUCUAUUAUAUUUGUUUGAUGAAUGGUGCAAAUCAUGAAAUUGAAAUGGAUCGGCAACCUUUGUAUCUAUGUCCUGUUUGUUUACGUAAAUUACAUUCAACACUUCAAUUUGAUGUUAGACAAAUGUAUGAAAAGUUUGUAAAUCUAUGUGAGAAAUACCAACUUGAAGAAGAAACUAUAUGGUAUCGAAGACGUCUAGAGCUUAUUCAAGAGAAAGAUACAUAA